UAGUCGAGGUAUAUUUGAGUCUGACUGUGUGAAAUUAAGCUAAACACAUAUAAAUGUGUUAUGUCUUAGGUUUCAUACAUUCACAGAAAAUUGAUUUAAAUAUUUAAAUUCACUGUAACUCUGCGGCGCAUGCGCAUUCAUUAAGAUAUGUGCAUAAUUAUUUCGGACAUUAAAUAAAAAAUAUAGGCUGUUCAGCUGAGACUCUGUGUGUAUAGUAAUGUUAUUAUUUUUUCAAAAGAAAUCCUUUUUUGUAGUUUAUUUCGUCUUUCUCCAUUAAAGGCAGUUUUCCAUGUGACAACAGUAGUGGGCGUAAUGGAUGAGACAGACAGAGGUUAGAGGGGCGGGGCUUGAGCUAUUCUGGACCACGUCCUUUUUGCGUAGCAGCGCAUCUGUAUUGGAAAACAACACUUCGCUGUGAUGUGUGGUUCUCCCUGCAAUGUGUCAGACAAAUCCAACCACUUAUUCGCACAAGGCACGUUUUGUCUUCUCUCCAAACUACUGACGCUUUUCUUGCUGCCUGGAGUGAAAGCUUAAGGAGGGUGGACAUGUUUUAUGCUGUUUGAGGUUUCACUAUUGAUUAAUGUCAUAACUUUGCAUAACAAAACAAAAAGUAACCUCAAAGGGAGCAUUUAUUCAAACGAGAGCAUGGCACAAGCAGAGGAGCCUCAGACUGAGGGAGAGGGCAGCCCCCAGAUGAUCUCCUUGAGAUCAGACGUAUCAGGGAACCACGUGGACGACGGAGAUGUGGGACCCUCUGUAAGGAGGAAGAGGAGGAAGAAGAGAGACCCACGUCCGGAGUCCAUUAUUGUCUACCGCUCUGACAUGGAGAGGACGCCUGGAGAGGACCAAGGUGGUGAGGAGGGAGCAGAGAGGAACACUGAGGAGGGAACUAAAUUCCUCUGUACUCCUACAAACGAAGGAGGGGGCUGGAACCUUCCUCCCGACAGCCGCUACGUGACCCUGACCGGCACCAUCACCAGGGGAAAGAAGAAGGGCCAGGUGGUGGACAUACAUGUCACUUUGACGGAGAAGGAACUGAGGGAUCUGGCCAAGUCAAAGGAGCGUCUUAAUGCCGAGUGCGAGGCGGGAGACAGCUACAAACGCGGCUGUAGCUUGGGUGUGUGCCAGGGACCCCAUGUUGUCCUGUGGAGCAUCUCGUGCGCACCUGUGGUUUUCCUCCUCUCCUUCAUCACCUCCUUCUACUAUGGCACGCUCACCUGGUACAAUGUCUUCCUGGUGUACAACGAGGAGCGGACAUUCUGGCAUAAGAUCACGAUAUGCCCCUUCCUCAUCAUCUUCUACCCCAUGCUCAUCAUGCCCAUGGCGCUGUCGCUGGCCCUGUACUCGGCCGUGGUGCAGGUGUCGUGGGCCUUCAGCGAGUGGUGGCAGGCGGUGCGAGACCUGGAGAAAGGCUUCUGCGGCUGGGCCUGCGGGAAGCUCGGACUCGAGGACUGUUCACCCUACAGCAUUGUGGAGCUGCUCGACUCCGACACCGUUUGUGACACUCUGCAGAGCAAGGCGCCCAGCGAACUUGCCCAGACGUCGUCAGUGUGAAGCUGCGGACACUGAGGACCAAGCUGAUGGUGUCAGACUGGUUUUUAAACAUGCACUGGAAGUUGAAGUCUGUCACAAAAAGUAGCUUGACGGUUUAUUUUUGACGUUGGAAUUAGCAGUUUGACAAAAAACGUCUUAUUUCGAGGUCAGUUACGGAUGAAUGAAAUGAGUACCGAACACCUUUUGAUAAGAUUCUUUUGUUAAAGCUGCGUCACUGUACUUUUUUGUGUAUGAUAACUAAUAACUAAACACUGCCUGAACUGUCCUGUGCUUUUACUACAAAUGUAAAGCACUGACUGCACCUGGGAAUGGUUAAUAUGGGUAAUUUUUUAACUCACAGGUUCAUUACAGCUUCCAUCCGAUCACUGAACAGCCACUUGCAAUUGUUGAGCAGCACUCCAGCUCAAAGUUGUUAAAACAAACAGACUUCAGAUUGUAUUCCUAGGCUGCGGACUCUGGCACACAAUACCGGAAGCUUGAAAGUUUUAGCCAAGUUUCGCUUCAUCUGUAAAUAUCUGUACCUAAGUUUUUGCGAUCACUAUACCGUGCAGUGGCAUCAAACAUAGGAGUGAUUGUGAAGGCAACAUGCUCUUGUUUGUGAAGUCAAUAAAGUGACUCUGGAGAUAUAGUUGGAGCAAUGGUUAGACAUCCAACUUGGGAAAAAUGGGCACCUUUUACAGGGCAACUGCUGCGUGUUUACUGUGUGUCAGUUACUUUAAUUUAUUUAUUUUUUUUGUGGAAAUAUGCACCAUUGGCACAACUUUGACUAAAAUGUUUGUCUGUCCUGUGCCAGCAUCUAGUUUUUAAAGUGUAAGGCUCUUGACCUUCCCAUUUCAGCAAAUCUCUCUUGGAGUCUGGACUUACCUCCUCUGUUUAUAGCACACAGCCGCACUAACUUCAGCUGCUACUGAAGACCCAAAUAUUUUCCAAAUUUAGGCAAACAUUACUAAAAGAGGAGUAAAUAUUGCAUUUGCUGUGGAUUAUUGAUGAGAAUUUUAAGCACAGGUACAAUAUCCACAACGAUGUGGGACUGACUAAAAUUAACUUAAUUUAUGUGUGGGUUUGUUACUAUUGGAGGCUCAUGGCUCAUUUGGUCUUGCCAUGAAAUUUGUUGAAAUAAAUCACCCUUAAAUGAAGAUCAGUUGUAAUUCCUACCUGUAUUAUUCUGGGUGAUGUUUUAUAAAAUUAGCUCAAACCUUAGGGAAGAUUGUGGGAGUAAGUGACAAAGCCAUAGUUUGGAUGGGAAUAAAAAGUUCUUAUGUUUUCGUAUGUUGAAAACACAAAUCAAAACUGUUGCUGGUGAUCUUGAACGUCUUCUCGUUUAAGUACAUUUUCAGUGGAUAAUUCCUGUUACAUUUCAACAAAAUCAUAUUUUACAUGUUAUUUAAAUUUCUUGUCGAUGUUUAAGUUAAAUUCCCUUUCAGAAAUUGUUGUAGCUAGGUGUUUUAUACCCCAAGCACUUUGACACAGCUGUCAUGAACUUAUUGAAAUACAAAGCAGAUGGUUAAAAAAAAAAAAAACAAUAAAAUUGUUUUAAUAUUAGGGUAGAACUGGUUGUUCAAAAUAAUUCAGUUUUAUUUUUGUACAGGAAAAGAUUGCUGGUAGUGGACUGAAUUCCACAUUACGUGUUGUUAAUCUACAGGAUGCAAAUUAAAGAAUUACACAAAUCAAA